AUGGGACGUAAAAAGAUUAAUAUAACUCGUAUUAAUGACGAUCGUACUCGUCAAGUUACAUUUACAAAGCGUAAAUUUGGUUUAAUGAAAAAAGCUUAUGAAUUAUCGGUAUUAUGUGGUUGUGAAAUAGCAUUAAUGAUAUUUAAUAGCAAUGGUCGUCUAUUUCAAUAUGCAUCAUCCGAUAUGGAUAAAGUUUUAUUAAAAUAUGCUGAAUAUAAUGAACCUCAUGAGUCAUGUACUAAUAUUGAUAUUAUUGAUAUCUUAAAUAAAAAACAUUCAACAAUGAAACCAACAAUAAAUGGUAAUACUGAAGAUAUUGAAAUGAUCGAAGAAAAUGAUGAAAGUGACGAACAAACAUUUGCUGAAAGUGUUAAUAAUUUUCUUGUCAAUAGCAAUCUCAGUUGUUCAUCAUCAAAUAAUAAUAGCCAUGAUAUGACAUUCCUUAAAAAUAAUAAUAAUACUAAAACAACAGUUUUACCCGAUUUUCAAUAUUUAACAUCUUCACCUGAUGAACAACCAGUAUCAACAACAAUAAUAAAUCACAUUCCCAAUUAUCCUAUUCCGAAAUCUAUUGAUGUUAACCAAUAUAGAAAUAAUACUAAUCUUCACUCAAAUACAACUCAUGUAACACAAUCUUCACAUACACCGAUGAAUCAUUUUAUAGCUCAACAACCAACAACACAUAUUGGUCGCAUUAUGACAGUUGGUCCGGAUAUGAGUGUUUCAUCGAUUGAUUUAAGUGCACUUGCGUCACAAUUGACAUCGAACUUCUUAGCAUCCUUAACAAAUGCUACCGUUGUAACAACUAAUGAUAAUUCAUCAUCAACUAUUCCUAUCAAUUUGAUCAAUCGGGAUUGUCAAACAACAAAUAUUGGUACGGGCCAAGCAAUUAUGUUAACUAAUAGUCCCAAUUCAAUUCUACUUACUGGACAACAACAACAAAUACAACCAAUAUGCCGAAAUCUUGUUAAACAAGAACCUGUUGUCUACAGAACAACAACAACCUCAACUGUUGGUAGAAAUGAUUUGUGCUAUGAAUCGAAUAUUAAACCAACUCGUUUAUGGCAAUAA